AUGCACACGGCGAGCGGACCCUGCUCCUUGGAGAAACCUGGCGGGGAGGCGGUCGGGAGCGUGACUCUGUGGUCUCGCGGCGCGUUGGCGACGGGCAGGGGCCGAGGCUGCGGGAGAGGAGGCGGGAACCGGGCCAGGGACUCGAUACGGACCCCACCGCGGACGGAGUUCAGAAGACCCUCUGCGCACUGCGCCGCGGACCCCACCCCGCACCCCACCGCGGACCCCACCCCGGACCCCAUACCGGACACCACGGUGGACCGCACCCCAGAUCCCACCCCAGACCCCACCGCAGACCUCACCCCGGACCGCACACCGGAUCCCACCCCGGACCCCAGACACCACACGGACCCCACACCGGACCGCAUUCUGGACCACACCGCGGACCGCAUCCCAGACCCCACCCCGAACACCACCGCGGACCCCACCCCGGACCCCACACCGGACACCACUGCGGACCUUACCCCGGACCGCACCCCGGAUCCCACGCCAGACCCCACCGCGGACUGCACCUGGACCCCACCGCGCACCCCACACCGGAUCCCACACAGAACUGCACCCCGUACCCCACUGCAGACCCCACCGCGGACCGCACCCCAGAUUCCACCCCGGAUCCCACCGCGGACCACACCGAGGAGCUCACUCUGGACCUCACCUCGGAUCUCACCCCGGACCUUACCGCGGUCCCCACCGCGGACCCCACCGUGA